ACUACAUAUCUACGCAUUCACACCACUCCACCACUUUCAUCUCUCUCUAUAUAUAUUCAAAACCUCAAGAACCCUUCUUCACCUCACCAUCCGACGUCGUAUCAUAACACCUCCCUCAUCCAUGGCCGCCCCUAACGGUUCUCAAUCGAAUUGGGCCGAUCAAGUUCCAAUUGCUGUAGCUCCUCUCAACUGCGUCCCGUACACGGGCCCGCCUCUUGACGACUCUGAUGACAUGGUGGUAUAUGAUAAGCCCAUGAUGGUUUAUCUGCCUGAACAACCCACUGAAAAAGAAAAGGAUGCCUUGAUGGCAGUCACCAAACGUGGAGUAUUGGUUACUGGGAGUGCUGCAAAGGGGUUAAUGGCACCGAUUAUGGGGUCGUAUGACCUUUCUGAAUCCGAUGAUGGUUUUCUGUUUCGCUUUGCACUUCCAGGUGUCAGCGACGAUGAAAAGUUUAAAUGUGAGAUUCGUCCGGAUGGAGAUAUCCUAAUCCAAGGUGUGACAAACACCGGGCAGAAAGAGGUUCAGGCCCACAACAUGACGUUCAAUAUGUACACACAGUAUCUUUGUCCACCUGGCGACUUCGAGGUUCGCUUUCAUCUGCCUGCAAAGGUUGACCCGUCAACCUUGGAGUGUAAGCUGGAUAACGGUGUUCUCGAGGGUGUCGUUAAGAAGAAGCCAGUCCAAGGCUAGCAUUAAAACAUGCUUGUUGUUUAGCUUGUAGUGACUUCAAAGGCAUGUUUUGUUUUCUUUAUUUUGGUCAGAGUUUGAAUGUUUGAACUGCUCAUGCCAGUUUUUGGCUCUUUAAACAAAAGUAAAAGAAAGAGGUUUAGGAUUGAAA